AUGGUAAUGCUCUAUGGAACUCAUAGAUCGGAAUUUGGAGUUCACUUGCUCAGCAGCUGGUGUAAUUUAUUGUAUUUGCCUCAGCCACGAAUCCCAGUGCAAAAUUCGCAACAGUCUGUUAUCCAUUUUAUACUGAUUCUCAGUGGAUUUAUACUGACAAAUUUGUAUGCAUCAGUUUUAAAGAGCAUGCUCACAUCGGGUUUAUUUGAACCCCAAUUUAAUUCUCUGGACGAUUUGCAACAUUCUUCAUAUCAGCUAAUGACAACCCAGUACUAUGCUAAUUUUUAUAAAGAUCUCAAACUGAUUCCAGAUGUAUUGAAUGAAAAAGUUUAUAUUACUUCUUCCAAAGAAUUGAAUGCACAUCGGCUCAAGUUGAAUACGAGUUUCAUGUACAUUGCUUAUCACGACCGCAUGGAUUGUCUUUUAUACCAACAGCACUUGCUGAAGGUGCCUCGAUUCAAGGUGAUCAGAGAGAGCAUAAUGGAUGGAUUAAUGUCAUUUCCAGUGGCUCCAUCUUUGCCAUAUUUACAUAUGUUGAAUGGAUACUUACAACGCACCUUUGAGUGUGGAAUUUAUCAUAAGAUGCUGAGCGAUUCAUGGAGGGAUUCAAUAGAAAGUGGCAUAUGCCAAUUGCUUAGAAAUGAAAGCAUGGAGUAUCAACCCUAUGAUUUGCAAUUCUUUUUAUUGGCUUUUGCACUCUGGAUUAUUGGCUUGACUUUGGCGAGUUUGUGUUUUCUGCUAGAAUUGCUAAUCACAAAAAUCUAA